AAAGGAAGGGGUCGAGGGGUAGUUGUGCGUAGUGAGUGCUGAACAGCUGCAGCACAGCACCGAGCAGGCAGGGAGGGGGAGACCCCGAGUCUUUGGAAGGAUAGAGGGCGAUGACCACACCGGCAGGCUCUGGCACAGGCUUCGGCUCCGUGUCCUGGUGGGGCUUGUCCCCGGCGCUGGACCUGCAGGCUGAGAGUCCUCCUGUGGACUCAGAUUUGCGGGACGAUACAGAGCACACGACCUCCGAGCUAGAUGUACUGCUGGUGGGCUCCGUGGAUGGGAGGCACCUGCUGCGGACUCUGGCCCGGGCAUCGCUCUGGCCUCGCAGGAGGUUACAUUUCUAUGUGUUGGAGAAUAAUCUGGAAGCUGUGGCCCGACACAUGCUGAUCUUCAGCCUAGCCUUGGAGGAACCUGAGAAGAUGGGGUUGCAAGAGAGGAGCGAGACCUUCCUGGAGGUGUGGGGGAACGCGCUGCUGCGCCCCCAGGUGGCCGCCUUCGUGCACGCCCAGGCCGACCGCCUGGCGCACCUGGUCCCCGAGCCCGACCGCCUGGCGCAGCAGCUGCCCUGGCUCAGCCUGGGCGCCCUCAAGUUCCGCGAGCGCGAUGCGCUGGAGGCCGUGUUCCGCUUCUGGGCCGGCGGGGAGAAGGGUCCCGAGGUCUUCCCCAUGAGCCGCCUGUGGGACUCCAGGCUGCGUCACUAUCUGGGCUCCCGUUACGACGCCCGACGCGGUGUCAGCGACUGGGAUUUGCACAUGAAGCUGCACGACCGCGGGGCCCGAGUCAUCCACACUCGCGAGUUCCGACGUUGGAGGGACACAGGCGUCGCCUUUGAACUCAGAGACUCCAGCGCCUACCACGUGCCCAACCGGACCCUUGCGUCUGGUCGCCUCCUGAGCCAUAACGGGGAUCGUGUCGCAGCGCGGGGUUACUGGGGGGACAUCGCCACGGGGCCAUUCGUGGCCUUUGGCAUCGAAGCGGACGAUGAGAGCCUGCUGCGGACCAGCAACGGACAGCCAGUCAAGACGGCGGGUGAGAUCACUCAGCACAACGUGACAGAGCUGUUCCGAGAGGUGGCCGCCUGGGGGCGCCCGAGGUCCAGCCAGGGAAACCCUGAGCAGGUGCACGACGCGGGGAGCGGAAGACCGGAGCGCGCUGCCCCUUCCCCGGAAUUCUUCACCGUCCACUUCCUGCCUCUCGGCUCUGCCCAAACCCUUCACCACAAGGGCUGCUACAAGGAACGGUUCCAGCUGCUCUACAUGGCCUGUGGGAUGGUGCAUCUUCUCAGCCCCGAUCUCGGGGCCUGUGUGGCCCCUGGAGGACACCUGAUCGUGGAAUUAGCUCGGUACCUGGUGGAUCUGCGGCAAGAGCAGCUGCAGGGGUUUUCCGCCCGGGUCGGGGAGCUAGCUCAGGCGGCUGGCUUCACCCCGCAGACCCACUCCGGGCCCUCGGAGACCUUCGCACGCUUCUACAAAUCCCGGGACUCGGCUUGCCUCCGCAGUCACGCCGCUGUGCAAUCCAUGACCCCGCCCCCCGACGUCCUGGUCCCGCCCCUUGAGGCAGGGAACCGGUCCCUGGAGGACCUGACCCAGCCUUCAGAAGGCAGGACACCACCCUCUGAGCACCUCAAAGUGCCCUCAGAGUCUCGGGCUUCACUCUCAGAGGUUCAGACUCUGCCCCCAGGGAGUCAGGCCCCAAAACCAGAGAGUGUGCCCCGACUCCCAGAUACCCAGCCCCCCAUCUCGCACUCGUAAAGUCAGGUCCCAGGAGUGAAGCCCCCCUGUAGAAUACUCAGUUACACUCUCAAAAUUCUCAGUCAGCUUCAGAGGUGUUGCUAGAAUUUCAGAUUACAUUCCUGGGAUGCUACAUUCUGUUCUUAGAAUUCUCGAUUGUUCUCUCAGAGGUCUAUAUUCCACACAGUCUGGAGAUCUGGCCCUGAGGCUGAGACCCUCUGUGUGGUCCCUUUGUCGCCAAGGUCCUGUUUUUACUGGGGGGAUGGGGUAGUCUGUUCUCCAGGGCUGGUCAGCACCCACAUGGUCUAAGUAAAGAGACUGGGGUCCUCUUCUCCCUGUGCCCAUGUAGCUUUCCUGUCCUCAGUCUUGUCUCCAGGGCUGGGAGGGAGGGCCUAGGGCGGUCAAGAGAGGAGACCUUAGUUCCAAGUGAACUAGAAGUGUCUCUGUGCUGUUGCCUGUGAGAGUCUAGGCCACAGCUGAAUCCUCAAAUAAAUCAAAACUUAUUGAGUGGCUAAGAGGUUUGGGACACUGAAA